AUGAGUAAAUUAAAAAAAGAAACAACGUUGUAUAUUAAUAUAAUUACAUUACUGAAAUUCGUCUUAAUGAUGAUAAUGUGGAUUGAAACAGAUUAUGAUUUUAUUUAAGGAAACCAAAUUGAUUAUAGAAGUUAUAGUUUAGAAGUUUAUGGACUGAUGAUCUUUUUUGUUAUUGCAAUAGAAUCAUAGGUUGUUAAGACAAUUGCAAUUUUAUUUUCUUUAUUGUACACAAUAAUUAGGUAAUUUAGACAAAAAUAAGAUAGAUAACCUAAAUUCAAUAACCAUAUUGAAAUUAUUGGUUCAACUAAAAUUAUUUUAGUUCAUAUUUUCAUUUAGCUAUUUUAGAUAUAUUAUUUAUAUUAGAAACCAAAAGCGAACAUAGAAUUAAAAUCAAAAAAUUAAUCUCCUUUGUUAUCAUAAAGAAUAGGUCAUACAACAAAUUAAAGAGAUAACACAGAGCUUUAGAAUAAAAAAAUUAAUAUUUAAGAAAUAGUUGCAGAGGAGUUAGAAAAUUAGAAAAUGUUACUUCAAUAGGAAGAUUUAUUUGAUGUGUUAGUUAUGGGAUUUUAAUGUGGUAUUUAUAUACUAGAGACUGCAAAAUAACCUGUUCGUAUUAUUAAUUCAUUUAUGUCUCAUAUUGUUUUAAUUGAUGAUCAUCAGUUAAACAGUGAAUUAGUUUAAUUAGAAUUAUUUGAUUUUGGUAUAAUGUAAGAAAACCAAACUUUUACAAUUUUACCUAGUUUUCACAGAAGCAAAGACAUUAAUCAAUUUAUUACAUUCACAUAAACAUUGGAGUAUGCUUAUUUUCAUAUUAUUGGACAUAGAACAUUUGUUUUGAAAAUAUACAGUUGAUAGAAAAAAAAGAAAUUCAGUUAUUUUGUCAGAAAAUGUAAAUGAAAACAUUAAUUGAACACUUACUAGCCUUUUCUCAUAUAAAAUUUGCAAUGAUUAGAUAGAGUUUAGAUUUCUCUUUAAAAAUUUAUUUAAAAAAAGGUAUAUUUUGAUUAUUAAUCUAGAUAAAUUAUAUACAUAGGUAAUUCUCAAUCCAAUUAUCAUUGCCAACAAACCAUAAAUUGUAAUCUAUAUACAAGAUCUUACAGAAGAGCCUUUUAUAGCAUAAUUAUAACAAUAUAUUAAAAAUGGGGAUGAAUUAAUUCAAACAAUAUCUCAAAAAAUAAAAGAGCCUUUAAAUUGUACAUUAUCGAUGUUAGAGUUAGUUCAAGUAUGAUAUAAUAUAAUUAAUCUUAAAAGAAAGAAGUAAAUCAAGAUUUAUAAACAAAAUAUAUAGACCCUGCUUUAGCGGGUUGUAAAUUAUUAAUUAGCACAGCUAGUGAUAUUUAAGAUUAUGUUACUUUACAUAAGAAUAAUAAAUUAGAAAAAAGCCUAAUGGAUAUUCACACUAAAGAAUUUAUUUCAGAUUGUUUGAAUAUUAUAAAAUCUUAAGCCUUAUUUAGAGGAUUAAGUAUUUAGGUCAACAUUAAAUAAAAUGUACCAAUAUUCAUUAGAACAGAUCCUAAUCGUUUUAGAUAAAUAAUAUUAAAUUUACUUGGUAAUUAUUUUGUAUAAUUUUCAGUUAAGUCAAUCUAAUUAACAAUUAAUGGAUUUAUAGAAAUUGGAUGCUAAAAAUCACCCUUAUUAGCUGAUCACAUUGAAAUUCUCAUCAAAGUUAUGGCUUAAAAUAUUAAUGAAGGAAUCUUAGAAUCAAUUGAAUUUACAUUAAAACAUCUUAAAUAAUAAACCUUACUAAAUCCAUAAGUUAUUGAUUUAGUAGCAACAUAAAAAUAAUUCUGUUUUUCAAUCAUUACUGCAUUCUAUAUAUCUUUAGCUAUAGCAGUUAUGCCUUUUGAAUUUAAUACUAUAAAAACAGAUGAUGGAACAUAGUUUUAUUUUGUUUUACUAAUAAAAAAUGAAAAUCCAAAUUUUAAUUAAUAGUUAACAAAAAAAAGAUAAUCUGCCUUAAUUGCAAAUAAAUAAUAAUUUCAAUAAGUGUUUGGAUAAAAUACCUUAUACAGAAGACAUUAAUCACAGAGACUUACAGAAAUUAGUCGAUUAUAAAUUUAACAAAAGUUAGAAAAAAUAAAAAGAGAAUCUUAAAUUGAAACAACAUUAGAGAUGCGAGACUCUAAUUUACCAUAAUUUGGUCAAUCAGAUAAUUCUGAAUUAUAAUAGCCUAAGAAAUCUUAUUCUGUUUCAUAAAUAUCAGAAUAGGAUGACUCUAAAAGUUCAUCUCAUGAUUCAAAAAAUGAAUUCAAUGAUCAUGAUUAAUUUUUUGAAGCAGAGAUUAUUUCUAGUAAAUCAAGUCUUUAUCUAAAUGAUAAAAUUGAAAAAAUAGAAAAGUAACAAUAGCCUUCACAAUUUUUUGAUACUAUAUUAUAGGAUAGAGAACCUUAAGCACGAAGAAUAUCAGUCAGUCUUAUCUAAUCUAGAUUAAAUUAAUAAAUUUAAUAAUAAUUAUCAUCUAAUUAGAGAGAUUCUUUACUAACUUUUGGUGGAAGAUCUUCUGUAUAUUCAUCAAUGAGAGUUUCUUCUAUUAAUUUGGGUCCUAAUGAAUUGUUAGAUUGUUUUGAAAAAAUGGAAAGAAUUAAAAAUAAAUAAUUUAUUUAUAAAUGCUAAGUAAAUAUAAUUUAAUUUUUAAAGUGUCCGAAAAUUUUGAUUUGUGAACAAAAUGAUUUUGAUUUAUAUGCAAUCUCUCAUUAAUUGAGUAAUUUGAAAAUACCGUACAUCUACACAAUGCAAAGAAUUCUCAUAGUUGAUUAAUUAAGAAAGUAAUUUUGUUAGUUUAAAACUUGUUGUAAAGGCUAUCAUAUAGUAUUUAUUGGAAUUGAAUAUGUAAAUGAGUAAUUGGUUGCUGAUUGUUAGAAAAUUAAGAAUGUUCUAUAAGAAUUUUAAAAGGAUACUAUUUUAAUUGGAUUGAUAGGAUUCUAAGGAGAAGACUUCAAAGCAACCAUUAAAAAAUUGCCUUUCCAUGACUGUUUAUCAAAACCAAUUAUGAUAGAUGCUUUACUAUUUAUUAUAGCUAAAUGGGUAAGAUUGUGA